AUUAUGAGAAGAAAUUUCACCGCAGUGAGUGAGUUCAUUCUCCUUGGAUUGACCAGUCGCCUGGAAUUGCAGAUUCUCCUCUUUGUGCUGUUUCUGGCUAUUUACGUGGUCACAGUCGCAGGGAAUCUUGGCAUGAUUGUAGUCAUCCAGGUCCAUGCCCGGCUGCACAAACCCAUGUACUUUUUCUUGAGCCACUUAUCCUUUGUGGAUCUGUGCUUCUCUUCCAACGUGACCCCAAAGAUGCUGGAGAGUCUCUUGUCAGAGAAGAAAACCAUUUCUUAUCCUGCGUGUCUAGUGCAGUGUUACUUUUUCAUUGCCUUGGUCAGCGUGGAGAUCUACAUCCUGGCUGUGAUGGCCUUUGAUCGGUACAUGGCCAUCUGCAACCCUCUGCUUUAUGGCAGCAAGAUGUCCAAGAGUGUGUGCACAUCCCUCAUCACGGGCCCUUAUGUGUACGGAGCACUCACCGGCCUCAUGGAAACCAUGCGGACUUACAACCUAGCCUUCUGUGGCCCCAAUGAAAUUAACCACUUCUACUGUGCUGACCCACCACUCAUUAAGCUGGCUUGUUCUGACACUUACAACAAAGAGCUGUCCAUGUUCGUUGUGGCUGGAUGUAACCUUUCCUUUUCUCUCCUCAUCAUCCUGAUUUCCUACCUUUAUAUUUUUCCUGCUAUCCUGAGGAUUCGUUCCACAGAAGGCAGGCACAAAGCUUUCUCUACGUGUGGCUCCCAUCUGACAGCUGUCACCAUCUUCUAUGCAACUCUUUUCUUCAUGUAUCUCAGGCCCCCUUCAGAAGAGUCUGUGGAAGAGGGGAAAAUGGUUGCUGUAUUUUACACAACGAUAAUUCCCAUGUUGAACCCCAUGAUUUAUAGCCUUAGGAAUAAAGAUGUGAAAGAAGCAUUAACCAAAGAGUUGAUCAGGAAGAAAAGAUUUUCUUAA